UGUUGUGUCAUAGAUCAUGAUCAAAAUGGCUGCAAGAAGCGACCUUGAUGCUCUGGUGGUCCAGGUGGAAGGAUUGGAUCUAGAGGAGAACAAAGCUGGCUCAGGGGCUUAUGGCUGUGUUUUUAGAGUGACGGUGAAUGGAAGAGACUGCAUUGCUAAGAAACUACACCACAUAUUGCUCCAAGAGCAAUCCCUUGGACAGAAGGAGAGGAUAUUAACAAAUUUCAGCAACGAGUGUCAUAUUCUGAGCGGUCUGGAUCACCCCAACAUAGUCGGUUUCGUUGGAGUCCAUUACGGCCGCGAUAAGAACGACAUCAGUCUAAUAAUGGAGAGGCUUCAUUCCGACUUGGCUGAUUUUGUUGAAACCCAUCGAGACACGAAUAUCGCCACUAGAAUCCAUAUCCUGUACAAUGUAUCCAAGGGCCUUCAAUAUCUCCACUCUCUGACCCCUCCCCUCAUCCAUCGUGACCUCACUGCUCCCAACAUCCUGCUCACUGAGGACCUCACUGCCAAGAUCGGAGACCUGGGUGUCUCCAGGUAUGUGGACCUGGACAGAUUGACUCACGUUCUGACAAACGUCCCGGGAAAUCCAACCUACAUGCCUCCCGAGUGUCAUGUGGAGCCGCCCUCCUACACUACCAAGCUGGACAUCUUCUCAUUCGGUCAUCUCAUCAUUCACACUGUUAUCGGUGAUUUCCCUAAAGUCUCUUACUUUACUCCUGAGGUUGUCAAGCACGUGGAUGAUGGGAAGAUGGAGCUCAUGCGUCGAAGCACUGCUGUCCAUGGUGACAAAAUGGGGGAGAAACACGCUCUUUAUCCUCUUGUUGUUAGCUGCCUCCAUGACCAACCUCAACAGAGACCAUCAGUUGACGAAGUGAUUGUCUCACUCAGAAAGCUGUGUCUACAGCACCCCAGGAUGGAAUUUUUGGAUGCUUGUAAGACGGAUAAUGUGGGUGUGGUUCUGGAGCUACUGGAGUGUGGGGCUGAUCCCAACCAGGCAGACGAGGCCACGGGAAUACUGCAAUAUGUCCGUUGGUUGAUCUCUGUUCCUCAGAGUGGUGCAACUGCUCUUUAUUGGGCUAGUAACAAUGGACAUGAUGAGAUCGUGAGGGUCCUCUUAGCAGCCAAGGCUACAGUCAACACUCAGAUCAAGUCGGGAGCGACCCCUCUUUGGACAGCCAGUUUCAAUGGUCACCACAAAUGUAUGGAGCUCCUAAUCGAUGUUGGGGCCAAUAUUAAUGUACCCAAAGAGGAUGGAGCCACUGCGUUGUGGGUAGCUGCUCAGAAUGGUCAUGUGAGGGCAGUGGAAUUGUUGAUUGCUGCAAAAGCUGGAGUUGAUAUUCAACAAAAGACAUUUUCUCAGUCAGCAAAUGUUAGCCUCGGUAGGCCAGGAAAUAUUGAACUGAAGCAAAUAAAUGGGCAGGGCAACACAAAGAGAAAUAUUGAAUCGGGAGCGACCCCUCUUUGGACAGCCAGUUUCAAUGGUCACCACAAAUGUAUGGAGCUCCUAAUCGAUGCUGGGGCCAAUGUUGAUGCACCCAAAGAGAAUGGAACCACUGCGUUGAUUGUAGCUGCUCAGAAUGGUCAUGUGAGGGCAGUUGAAUUGUUGAUUGCUGCAAAAGCUGGAGUUGACAUUCAAAAAAAGUCGGGACAGACCCCUCUUUGGGUAGCCAGUUUCAAUGGUCACCAAAAAUGUAUGGAGCUCCUAAUCGAUGCUGGGGCCAAUGUUGAUGUACCCAAUGAGGAUGGAGCCACAGCAUUGUACAUGGCCAGUAAGGAGGGUCACUGUGGAGUUGUUAGAAUGUUGUUGGAGGCCAAGGCUGACGUUCACAACAAGACUAAUAACAACCAGACAGCUCUGUUUGUAGCCUCUCACCAGGGACAUGAUGAGAUAGUGAGGGUCCUCUUAGCAGCCAAGGCUACUAUCAACACUAAGGAGAAGUCGGGAUCGACCCCUCUUUGGGAAGCCAGUUUCCAUGGUCACCAAAAAUGUAUGGAGCUCCUAAUCGAUGCUGGGGCCAAUGUUGAGGUACCCAAAGAGUCGGGACAGACCCCUCUUUGGAUAGCCAGUUUCUGUGGUCACCAGAAAUGUAUGGAGCUCCUAAUCGAUGCUGGGGCCAAUGUUGAUGUACCCGAAGAGUCGGGAGCAACCCCUCUUUGGACAGCCAGUUUCAGUGGUCACCAGAAAUGUAUGGAGCUUCUAAUCGAUGCUGGGGCCAACGUUGAUGUACCCAAAGAGGAUGGAGCCACUGCGCUGAUUGUAGCUGCUCAGAAUGGUCAUGUGAGGGCAGUGGAAUUAUUGAUUGCUGCUAAGGCUGGAGUUGACAUUCAAAAGAAGAAUGGAACCACCGCAUUGUACAUGGCCAGUAGGAUGGGUCACUGUGGAGUUGUUACAAUGUUGUUGGAGGCCAAGGCUGACGUUCACAACAAGAAUAAUAACAACCAGACAGCUCUGUUUGUAGCCAGUAGCAAUGGACAUGAUGAGAUAGUGAGGGUCCUCUUAGCAACCAAGGCUACAGUACUAGUCAACACUCAGGAGAAGUCGGGAGCGACCCCUCUUUGGGAAGCCAGUUUCCAUGGUCACCAGAAAUGUAUGGAGCUCCUAAUUGAUGCUGGGGCCAAUGUUGAUGUACCCAAAGAGACUGGAACCACAGCGUUGUGGGUAGCUGCUCAGAAUGGUCAUGUGAGGGCAGUGGAAUUAUUGAUUGCUGCCAAGGCUGGAGUUGACAUUCAAAAUAAGGAUGGAGGCACAGCAUUGUACAUGGCCAGUCAGGAGGGUCACUUUGGAGUUGUUAGAAUGUUGUUGGAGGCCAAGGCUGACGUUCACAACAAGACUAAUAACAACCAGACAGCUCUGUUUAUAGCCAGUAUGAAUGGACAUGAUGAGAUAGUGAGGGUCCUCUUAGCAGCCAAGGCUACAGUCAACACUCAGACCAAGUUGGGAGAGACCCCUCUUUGGACAGCCAGUUUCCAUGGUCACCAGAAAUGUAUGGAGCUCCUAAUCGAUGCUGGGGCCAAUGUUGAUGUACCCGAAGAGGAGGGAGAGACUCCUCUUUGGACAGCCAGUUUCCAUGGUCACCAGAAAUGUAUGGAGCUUCUAAUCGAUGCUGGGGUCAAUGUUGAUGUACCCAAAGAGGAUGGAGCCACUGCAUUGUGGGUAGCUGCUCAGAAUGGUCAUGUGAGGGCAGUGGAAUUGUUGCUUGCUGCAAAGGCUGGAGUGGACAUUCAAGGGAAGAAUGGGACCACAGCAUUGUGGGUAGCUGCUCAGAAUGGUCAUGUGAGGGCAGUGGAAUUGUUGAUUGCUGCCAAGGCUGGAGUUGACAUUCAACGGAAGGAUGGAGCCACGGCAUUGUACAUGGCCAGUCAGGAGGGUCACUGUGGAGUUGUUAGAAUGUUGUUGGAGGCCAAGGCUGACAUUCACAACAAGAAUAAUGACAACCAUACAGCUCUGUAUACAGCCAGUAGGAAUGGACAUGAUGAGAUAGUGAGGGUCCUCUUAGCAGCCAAGGCUACAGUCAACACUCAGACCAAGUCGGGAGAGACCCCUCUUUGGGCAGCCAGUUUCAGUGGUCACCAGAAAUGUAUGGAGCUCCUAAUCGAUGCUGGGGCCAAUGUUGAUGUACCCAAAGAGUCGGGAGCGACCCCUCUUUGGACAGCCAGUUUCAGUGGUCACCAGAAAUGUAUGGAGCUCCUAAUCGAUGCUGGGGCUAAUGUUGAUGUACCCGAAGAGGAUGGAGCCACUGCGUUGAUUGUAGCUGCUUACAAUGGUCAUGUGAGGGCAGUGGAAGUCUUGAUUGCUGCUAAGGCUAGAGUUGACGUUCAAAAUAAGGGGACCACAGCAUUGUACAUGGCCAGUCUGAAUGGUCACUGUGGAGUUGUUACAAUGUUGUUGGAGGCCAAGGCUGACGUUCACAACAAGAAUAAUGACAACCAGACAGCUCUGUUUGUAGCCAGUAGGAAUGGACAUGAUGAGAUAGUGAGGGUCCUCUUAGCAGCCAAGGCUACAGUCAACACUCAGACCAAGUCGGGAGAGACCCCUCUUUACGCAGCCAGUUUCAAUGGUCACCAGAAAUGUAUGGAGCUCCUAAUCGAUGCUGGGGCCAAUGUUGAUGUACCCAAAGAGUCGGGAGCAACCCCUCUUUGGACAGCCAGUUUCAGUGGUCACCAGAAAUGUAUGGAGCUCCUAAUCGAUGCUGGGGCCAAUGUUGAUGUACCCGAAGAGGAUGGGACCACAGCAUUGUGGGUAGCUGCUCAGAAUGGUCAUGUGAGGGCAGUGGAAUUGUUGAUUGCUGCCAAAGCUAGAGUUGACAUUCAAACUAAGGAUGGGACCACUGCAUUGUACAUGGCCAGUAUGGAGGGUCACUGUGGAGUUGUUACAAUGUUGUUGGAGGCCAAGGCUGACGUUCACAACAAGAAUAAUAACAACCAGACAGCUCUGUUUGUAGCCAGUAUGAAUGGACAUGAUGAGAUAGUGAGGGUCCUCUUAGCAGCCAAGGCUACAGUCAAUACUCAGACCAAGUUGGGAGAGACCCCUCUUUGGACAGCCAGUUUCCAUGGUCACCAGAAAUGUAUGGAGCUCCUAAUCGAUGCUGGGGCCAAUGUUGAUGUACCCAAAGAGGGUGGAGCCACAGCGUUGAUUGUAGCUGCUCAGGAGGGUCAUGUGAGGGCAGUGGAAUUGUUGAUUGCUGCGAAUGCUCAAGUGGACAUUCAAGAGGAGGAUGGUUGGACGGCAUUGCACAUGGCCAGUAGGAAGGGUCACUGUGGAGUUGUUAGAAUGUUGUUGGAGGCCAAAGCUGACGUCAACAAAAAGACUAAUUCGGGACAGACCCCUCUUUGGACAGCCAGUUUCAAGGGUCACCAGAAAUGUAUGGAGCUCCUAAUCGAUGCUGGGGCCAAUGUUGAUGUACCCAGAGAGGAUGGAGGCACUGCGUUGAUUGCAGCUGUUCAGGAGGGUCAUGUGAGGGCAGUGGAAAUAUUAAUUGCUGCAAAAGCUAAAAUUGACAUUCAAAAGAAGAACGGAGUCACAGCAUUGCACAUUGCCAGUGUGUAUGGUCACUGUGGAGUUGUUAGAAUGUUGUUGGAGGCCAAAGCUGACGUCAAAAAAAAGACUCAUGAUGGUUGGACGGCAUUGCACAUUGCCAGUCUGAAUGGUCACUGUGGAGUUGUUAGAAUGUUGUUGGAGGCCAAGGCUGACGUUAAAAUCAAAACUAAUGACGGACGUACUGCCUAUGAUGUGGCUAGUGGGAAUGGACACACUCAAGUGUGUGAACUACUACACUGACUCUGUACCUUAUUAACUGUACUGUUACCAUGGCAGCUAGCCUCUGAUAGAUACGUUGAUUGCAAAUUUAUACACUACAUCAUUUUGUCUUAUAAUUAAAUUUUUUCUAUAUACGGUUUCUCAUGUAUUUCACCAAGUUACAUUCUGAUCAUGUAAAACUUGAAAGUUAA